GCGGGCGCAGUUGCUACGUCACUUCUGGGGCGCCGGCUCCGUGGCCGGAAGGGAAGCGGGCCCCGGCGGCUGCUGGGCCCGGCUGCUGUGUGGCCCCGGCGUGAGGCGCCAGACCCUCCCGUAGCCGCCGCGGGCUUCCGGAGAGAGCCCCGAGCGCGCGUUCCCGCGGGACCCGACUCGCCGCCGGGGCUGAACCUCGCUCCGCUCUUCUGGCGUUUGUGACGUUCGUGAGUGAGCCGAGUCGCCUCAGCCUCUCGCCUCUUCGCCCCGGGGACCCCGACGCAGCCCGGCCGGCCGUGUCUCCGCCGCGGCGCCUCAGCGUCUGGCCUUUCCGUCCCGGGGGCCGCGAGGGCGGCGCCUCAGCCCGGCCCGUAUCUCCGCCGCGGCGCCGCAGCCUCCCGCCCCCUCCGGAGGAUGCUGCCCAGCACGGCCGUGGGCUCGCCGGCGCAGGGCAACGGGGCGCUGAGCUCCCGGGACGCGGCCCGCCACACUGCGGGCGCCAAGCGCUCCAAGUACCUGCGGCGGCUCUUCCGCCUGCGGCAGAUGGACUUCGAGUUCGCCGCCUGGCAGAUGCUUUACCUGUUCACGUCCCCGCAGCGCGUCUACAGGAAUUUCCACUACCGGAAGCAGACGAAGGACCAGUGGGCCCGGGACGACCCCGCCUUCCUGGUCCUGCUCAGCGUCUGGCUGUGCGUGUCCACUAUAGGAUUUGGCUUUGUGCUCGACAUGGGAUUUUUUGAAACGAUAAAGCUGCUCCUUUGGGUUGUGUUCAUAGAUUGUAUAGGCGUUGGUCUUCUCAUAUCAACUUUAAUGUGGUUUGUCUCUAAUAAAUAUUUAGUGAAGCGGCAGAGCAGAGAGUGUGAUGUGGAAUGGGGCUACGCCUUCGAUGUGCAUCUGAAUGCUUUUUAUCCCCUUCUUGUCAUUCUGCACUUCAUCCAGCUUUUUUUUAUCAAUCAUGUUAUCCUAACAGACACAUUUAUUGGAUAUUUAGUUGGAAAUACCUUAUGGCUGGUUGCAGUUGGCUAUUAUAUCUAUGUAACUUUCCUAGGAUACAGUGCAUUGCCAUUUUUGAAAAAGACAGUCACUCUUCUCUAUCCAUUUGCACCUCUCAUUCUGCUCUAUGGACUGUCAUUAGCACUAGGCUGGAACUUUACCCACAUGCUGUGCUCCUUCUACAAGUACAGAGUGAAGUGAAAAAAGCAAGAUGAUCUGAACUCUAUCAACAGUAUUGGUGAAAUGAUGAUUUCUUAUAAAACUUGUAAAUCAUUGUAGAUAUCUUAAAAUUAAAAUGGUUGCAGAUUUGUGUAAGUAUAUGUUAAGACUAUUGUCCAGUACAUUCCUUAAAACUAACUAAAGGUACAUCUCCAUAAUAAAUAUUUUUUUAAAUAAAGCAUGCUCUUUCUUCAUUCUAAGAUGGCUACAAUAUACAAAAUAAACAUGGAUAUGCUUCCUCC